GAACUUCAAUCAUUUUAAGUGAAGGAAAACCCACUCCGCAAGUUAAAUGGGUCCCGUACGUCGCAACGCACACAGCGCAGUCAAAAUUCAGGUAAAAUGAAAGGCCAGACAAACCCAACACACCACCUCCAAGUGUCUUUGGUAAGAUAAGCUUCCGGGGAAUCGAACCCCCGACUUUCCUCUUCGCCAACAAUUACCAGUAAUUUGUGUUGCAAUAAAGUAGCAUGUAAAUGAUGCCGUCAAGCUCCAGUCUGUGGCACAAGAACAGCUGAAAGCAGAAGAAAAGAAUCUCUAGAACAUAACAAGAAUUUUUCGAUUUAACAAUGCUUUUGGGGGCGGGUUCUUGUGAAAAAAUUCUCGCCGAAUAUACCAUAAUCCCGGGCCUUCCGAAUGACUUGGCCUGCCUCUGUUUAGCCUGCGUGCCGUUGCCACUGCACGGCCUUUUAAAGUCCGUCUCCAAGGCCUGGAGAGCUACUUUCUAUUCGCAGUUUCUCUUCGAUCUGCGCCAGAAAUGGGGCAAACUCGAGGAAUUCCUGUGCCUCUUCAGGGACGACCCGUCUCUAACACCGGGCGAGAUUUUCGAUCCGCAGACCGGUGCUUGGAGGCUCAUUCCGCCCAUGCCAUGCGAUCCUUACAGGUAUGGACUCACAAAUUUCGUGUCUGUGGCAGUGGGCAGUUACCUAUAUAUCAUUGGUGGUUCCCUCUUUGAUGCCCGGAGCUUUCCCAUGGAUCGGCCAGUAGCUUCCCAGGCAGUGUACCGCUAUGACCUGGUGCGCUGCCAUUGGGAACGGCGGUCUAGCAUGAUAAAUGCUAGGGGAAGUUUUGCCUGUGGGGUUUAUAACAAGAACACAAUUCUGGUGGCUGGUGGAGGGUCACGCCAUGCACAAUUCAGUGCUGGGGGAAGCAGGAUUUCGUCAGCAGAAAGGUAUGAUAUUGAGAAGGAUAGGUGGAUUUUUGAAGAAGAGAUGCCCAGUGCUCGAUCAGGCUGUGUAGGAUUUGUGGUGGAUGAUGAUUUUUGGGUUAUGGGAGGGUAUGGUAUUUCAAAGACUGUCAGUGGGGUUUUGCCAGUAGAUGAGUAUUACAGAGGUGGGGAGAUUUUUGGUGCCAGCAGUGGGAAAUGGAGGGAAUUGAGGCCAAUGUGGGAGGAAGGCGAGAGAUGGCGCCUUGGAAGAGUUGCUGUCAUGGAGUCUAAAAAUGGAGAACCUCCAAGUAUUUUCAUGCUUGAAAGCUUCCAGAUUUGUAGGUAUGACAUUGCUUCAAAUAGAUGGAAAAAGGAAUCUUGCCUGCCACGGAAGGUUAUUGCAGAACCAGCUUGUGGGCUAAUUGCAUUGUAUGGGGAACUGUACGUCAUUCCUGGCUUUUCUCUUUCAGAGUCAGGAGGUGUCAGAAUCCCAAGAUGGGGCUUUUCUCCUUCAGAUUCAAGAGGUGUAAGAAAACCAAGGAGGACACGGACAUCUUUAAUUAUUCAAGUAUACAACCCAAAGAAACAUAAAUGGAGGCAUGUGUUGACUAAGCCACCUUUGAUAAACCCUUUGAGCUUUCCCUUUGCUGCCAUGUGCUCCAUUAGACUGUAAAUAAGCCAUUUUAUUGUAUGAUCUACAUGCCACAAAAUUAUUUUACCACAUCGAUGUGGCCUUAAUAUUAGCUUACUUGCAUGUAUAUAAUACUCAACCUUGGUCUUAGGCUUUAGCUUGAAUUGGGAGAAAGGAUUAUCAGAUGGAUAUAGCUACUGGAAGGAUCUAAUUUCAAGUGCAAGCUGGAGCCCAGGGGAAAUUGUAGUGUUAUAAACCUAUUCUUAAUUGAAAUCAAAUUAUUUUUUAGAUA